AGUUCCAGGCCAAAGAGGCGAGGAAGGCAAAUAGAGAAAUGGCAAAAAUUUUGCUAGCUGCAGCUGGCGGAGGGCGACAAGUGAGACCAGAAAACAGGGACAAACCUCGGCGAGAAAGGCUUGACAGGAACCAGUGUGCCAACUGCAAAGAGCAUGGGCACUGGGCACGAGAAUGUCCCCGGAAGAAAGGGGGACGAGAGUUGAGAGGGUCCGAAAGGAUCCUGAUGGCGGGCCAAGCAGAUGAGUAGGGGGAACGGGGUGGGCCAAGCACAGGCCGCCUCUUUACAUUAAAUUAAAGCCCGGAGCCGAGCCGGCCAGAGUCAAGCAAUAUCCUAUGUCCCAAGAGGCCAGAAUGGGGAUAACGCCCCACAUUCAGAGACUUCUGGACAGUGGGGUUCUCCGGAAAUGCCAGUCGGCGUAAAAUACACCCCUAUUGCCAGUAAAGAAACCGGGGGGACAGGACUAUAGGCCCGUGCAGGAUCUUAGGGAGGUCAAUGUGAGGACCUUAGACAUCCACCCUACUGUUCCAAACCCCUACACCCUGUUGAGCUCUCUCUCCCCUACUUUGUCGUGGUACACUGUCCUAGACUUGAAAGAUGCCUUCUUCAGUCUGGCGAUAGUGACACGCUGCCAGGAGAUCUUCGCCUUUGAGUGGCAGGAUAAAAAGAGAGGGAUCCACGGACAGUUGGCAUAGACGAGACUGCCCCAGGGAUUCAAGAACUCGCCUACUCUGUUCAACGAGGCCCUCCAAGAUGACCUGAGUGAGUACCGAGCCAACCAUCCAAAGGUAACUCUGCUGCAAUACAUAGAUGACUUGUUGUUAGCCGCCCCCGAUCCCUGGACUUGCCUAGAAAGCACCAAGGACUUGCUUAGGGUACUAGGCAAACUGGGGUACCAGGCCAGUGCAAAAAAGGCCCAGAUUUAUAAGGAUAAAGUCACCUAUUUGGGCUAUAAGAUAAAAGGGGGCCAAAGGUGGCUAACUGAGGCAAUAAAGCAAACCGUGUUAAGAAUACCUACCCCAACUUCUAGCCGGGAGCUAAGAGAAUUCCUGGGGUCGGUAGGCUACUGCCGCCUCUGGAUUCCGGGAUUCGCAGAGAAGGCCUGACCUUUGUAUGAAGGGUGUAAGGCGGGGCUGGCAUGGAAAUGGACUGAGCAGAUGGCGGAUGCUUUUCAGGCCCUGAAGGCAGCCAUGCUAGAGGCCCCUGCCUUAACGCUCCCAGAUCCUACCAAAGAAUUCCACCUUUAUAUAGAUGAAAAAUCGGGGAUAGCUAAGGGGGUGCUUAUGCAAACCCUAGGGCCCUGGAAAAGGCCUGUGGCAUACCUAUCAAAGAAACUGGAUCCAGUGGCGGCAGGGUGGCCAGCAUGCUUGCGAAUGAUCGCAGCCACAGCUCUGAUAGUCAAAGACGCUGAUAAGCUUACUUUAGGGCAGCGGCUGCUCAUCACUACCCCGCACGCUAUAGAAGGGGUUUUAAAGCAGCCUCCGGGACGAUGGAUUACAAAUGCAAGGCUGACCCACUACCAAGGACUCCUGCUGGACGCUCCCCGCAUCGAGUUCCGGGCCCCCACCGCCUUAAAUCCAGCCACGCUCCUGCCCAUCCCCGACUCAGCUGCACCUGAGCACAACUGCCUUGAAAUCCUGGCUAAAACCCAGAUGGCCCGAAAAGACUUAAAAGACCGCCCCCUUCCAAGCAGCGACCUGAUCUGGUUCACAGAUGGGAGCAGUUUCGUCCGGGACGGACACAGGUACGCAGGGGCGGCCAUAGUCGAUGACCAGGGCAAACUAGUCUGGGCGGCAUGCCUCCCACAGGGGACAUCUGCUCAAAAGGCAGAGUUAAUAGCGCUGACAGAGGCCCUUUGCCGGGCCCAAGAAAAGAGACUGACGGUAUACACUGACAGCCGUUAUGCUUUUGAGACUGUGCACAUACACGGAGCUCUCUACAGGGAGAGAGGGUUCAUCACAGCAGAAGAGAAGGAGAUCAAGCAUAAGCCCGAAAUCCUCCGCUUGCUAGAGGCUGUCCUGCUGCCAAAGGCAGUAGCGGUAGUCCACACCCCGGGACACCAGGGUAGAGACUCAGUAGAGGCUAGGGGCAACCGAUGGGCAGAUGCCGAGGCUAAAAAAGCGGCGGGGGGUGCUACGCCACCAAAUAUCCUACACAUCAGCCUUCCGCCCCCGGGCAUGGGACAGAUACCUCCCCUGCCAGACUACUCCAGUGCAGACGAAGCCUGGGCUGCAAAACGACUAACUGCAGAAAAAGGUAAAGAUGGCUGGCUGCGAGACAAAGAACGCCGCCUAAUAGUGCCAGAGACUCUGAGACGUCACCUGUUGACACACCUACACCAGACCACACAUUUAGGAAAGAGAAAAAUGUUACAACUGUUAAACACCGCCCAGCUCAGGUUCAUGUCGCAGGGACGAGUGGCAGACGACAUCGUCCAGGACUGCCGAGCCUGCCAAGUCAUGCAGCCAGAGAGGGUCAAAGGGACCCAUGCAGACGGCAUAUCAACUUAGAUACACCACUCCCACGUGAGGCCAGCCAACGAGAACGACCUAAAACGGUGCCAGAGCCAGU